UAGCAUGCAAUUUCUGAAACAGCAGCUACUGAGUGCACCAACAAAGGAGCUACAGAAGUGAUGGCCCAUGAAAAAGAUGAAGAGCACAACAAUGGCCGGCAGGGUCGCCGUAGCCACUUCCUCGUGGUGGUCUACGGCAUCCAAGGUCACCUCAACCCGGCACGUACUCUGGCCCGUCGCCUCGCUCAUAUUGGUGGCUGCACCGUCACUCUCGCGGUCCCAAUCUCUGGCCACCGCCGCAUGUUUCCCUCCGACGAGAACACCGAGGAGGCCAAUGAUGGCGCCAUCUCCUACAUCCCCUUCUCCGACGGCAAAGAUGAUGGAAGCUGGCCCAAGGACUCAGACGACAGGAUGCAACGCCGUGAAGCAAAUUUCAAGAGCCUCUCGGCUGUAGUCAAGAGCCUCGCAGAUAGUGGCCGGCCGGUCACCUGCAUGGCGUGCACCCUUAGCAUGCCAGUAGUUGGUGAAGUAGCUCGUGAGCACAGGCUUCCGCUCGCCGUCUAUUGGAUCCAACCAGCAACUUCUCUUGCAACCUACUAUCACUACUUUCAUGGGCAUGACAAGCUCAUCGUCCAACAUGCAACCGACCCGACAUAUGAGGUAACCCUUCCAGGCUUACACCCUCUUAGAAUCUGUGACAUGCCAACCUUUUUCACUCAAAAGACGCACAACGAGCUGUCUGAGAUGAUCCUCCAAGCGUUACAUGAGUUGUUUGAGCAAAUGGACCAAGAGAAGCUUAUGGUUCUGGUGAAUACAUUUGAUGCAUUGGAAGAUGUAGCACUAAAAGCAAUCCAGCCAUACAUGGAUGUCUUCGCCGUAGGGCCUGCCGUUCCCUCUCUUGAUGCACCACAACAACACAAAAACACAACUGAAGCACAAAUAAUCCAUCUCUUUAAGCAAGAUGAUAAGAACUACAUUGAGUGGCUCAAUGCACAACCCGAGAAUUCGGUGGUAUACUUGUCAUUUGGGAGCUUAAUAACAUAUACCAAGCAACAAGUGGAAGAGAUCUUGCAUGGCUUACAAGCCUGUGGGCAGCCAUACUUGUGGUCAGUGCGCAAAGAGGGGCGUUCAGAGGAGGCUGAUUUCUGUUUGGGGGAGGUAAAUGGGAGCAAGGGGAUGGUGGUCGAGUGGUGUGACCAGCUGCAGGUCCUGUCGCAUCGAUCGGUAGGGUGCUUCGUCACACACUGUGGGUGGAACUCAACAUUGGAGGCUAUAGUGUCAGGUGUACCAAUGGUAGCUGUGCCAAGUUGGUCAGACCAGCCCAUGAAUGCAUAUCUGAUAGAACAGCAAUGGUGUGUGGGUAUCAGGGCGGAACGUGAUGCAGAGGGGGUCCUAAGAAGAAAGGAACUUGUAGGUUGUGUGGAGUUGUUGAUGGGAGACAGUGAAAAGUCGGUGCAGAUAAGGGCAAAUGUGAAUAAUCUGAAGGAGAUUGCACAGGAGGCAGUAGCUACAGAUGGGCCACUGGAAAGAAGCGUUCAUAGCUUCGUUAAGAGGGUGCAAGAUCUAGGCAACAGCUAGUCAUCAAGGAAACAAAUGUCAACGUCUCCGACUUGAUACAAUAAGAAAUAGCAUAGUCUUGGCAACGAAAAUUGCUCAAGGGAAUCAUGAGUUGUUCUGUUUUCAGCAAAUGGACUGCUUGAUAUGACCUGAUGUGCUUCUGCACUUUUGUAAAAGCAAUUUUUGGUUUCAGUUUGAUAAAAAUGUUGUUAUGGCUUGUAUACUUUUCUUUUUUUAGAAAGAUCUGGAGAGUGUCCAGCUUAUGUAUUAAUAAGGAGAUAAGCAGUUAGUUGCGCCAGAGGCAAAAGAAGAGCCGGUCAGAAGGAGAU